AACAUAUUGGCUGACAAAGCCCCUGAGGCUAUUCCUCUGCUUGAGGAGUUCGUGAGUUCAUUACCUUCUCUAUCACAAGAAAUUGUUGAGGCUGAAAAACGUAAACGUUCUAUGGUUGUAUUCGGCGUCCCGGAAGCUGAUCGGAACCUUCCCCCAUCACAACGUCAGGCUUGUACCGUGUCUUUCGUAACCGGAUUACUUGAUGUACUGAACAUCGAGGCUCAUCCAGUUGAAUUAUACAGGAUGGGAGCGAUGAUGGAGGAUAAGCCUAGGCCAAUAAAAUGUGUUUUUUCAUCUCGACGUUCUUUACUUGAAGUUUUGUCAAAUGCUCGCAAGUUGCGCAAUACAACGGCAUACAAGGACGUGUAUAUUCGCAAAUCAAUGAGUCGAGAGGAAAGACAAAAGGAGAGCAAUCUGAGAAUGCAAGCGCGCGAAUUGAAUAAAAAGGAGCCUCAAGGUAAGCGUACCUAUGUCGUUUAUCGAGGCGAGCUUGUCAAGGUCUCUGAUAUUCCGCAGAUUAAGAAGAAAAAUGGCGGAGGAGUGUGCGUUUUAAUACAUAGUCUCUUAUCCUAUGAAAGUGUCACUUUCGAUGACAAAGGCCUAAAAUCAAAUGUUAUAUGUUUUGAUACCCUUGCACCAACUAGACAUCGUUUCCUACUUGUGUACAGACCUCCAAAUUCCACUGCUACCCAAGACGAUGACCUCAGUUCUAUUUUCGGUGACCUUCCCCACCACCAUCUUGGGGACUUAAAUCUAACCAUUGAUUGGUGUAACCGCUCGGGCGUCCCUGCCUCAGAGAACAGAUUCCUAUCGAUUUUUGAUGCUCUCUCGCUAAUCCAAUACGUUGACUUUCCUACACGGCAAGAUAGCGUUCUGGAUGUGGUGCUCUCGCCCCCAGGAACUAUUUCCCACAUUAGGUCUCUGCCACCGUUAUCAACCUCUGAUCACAAUAUGGUAUCCUUUGUCUUGACUAGCAUCCAAAAGGAGUAUGAGCGAAGCAUUACAAGGGAUUAUCACCAUAUGAAUAGAGAGGGCAUAUCGUAUCAUCUUAAAAAGAUCAACUGGUUGGCAGCCUUUUCCGAUUACAACAACAUUGACGAUAUCUACGCGAGAUUCAUUUGCAUUAUUCACAACCUCAUCGAGCAGUUCGUUCCCCUUAAAAACAUUGAAACUCAUACGGGGAACUAUCCACAACAUAUCUUGAAUCUACUAGAACAACGAGAGAGGAUUUUUGAGGAAAGCUCAAAUGCUCUCGAAUCAGCCCAAUUUUUGGACCUGAGUAAAGAACUUGACCGCCAUUUGAAACGCUUCCUUGACUAUAAGGUUAAGAAAUUAGCCGAGAAAGGGAACGUUAAGUACUUAGCGGCACAUGUAAAUAAAUUUCUCAAACAAAGAGGAGCAAGUUGCAAUCUACUGGGAGUAAAUGGUGAAAAAUACACCACCGAUCACGAUAAAGCUGAGGCCCUUGCCGACUACUUUGAAAGUGUUUUCACUCCAGCCGCUAAUAGACCUCACUCCACACCCAACAUCACAGAUAAAUGCCUAGUAUUCCCAAUCAUUACUUCACAAACGAACUUUAAUACCGGAACUGGGUUGUCGUCCGAUAGUAUUCCGCAGUUGGGAUUGACGAUAUACCUUGUCGGUGCGUUCGUCUGA